CUGCCUAUCAUUUCACUCGGCAAAUCCUUCCCCUGUAUCACAUAAAUUGCUCAUUUCCUCCAAAUCUACAUAUCUAUAUAAAUAACUUAAAUCAAACCAAACCAAACCAAACAAGAACUAGACACAACAACUCUUAAAAAACUAAACAACAACACACUGAAACUUCCAAUCCAAAUGACACCAAUGCAUGAGCAGGAGCUGCCACCGGGUUUUCGCUUCUACCCAACCGAAGAAGAGUUGGUUUCUUUCUAUCUGCGCAACAAGCUGGAUUCAAAACGCGAGGAAGUGAAUCGUGUCAUUAAAGUCAUAGACAUUUACAGCAUAGAACCAUGGGAUCUACCAAAGCAUUCAGGUGAGUUGUGUCAGGGAGAUACUGAGCAGUGGUUCUUCUUUACACCAAGACAAGAAAGAGAAGCUAGAGGAGGUAGACCCAAUCGCACUACAGCUUCCGGAUAUUGGAAGGCAACUGGUUCACCUAGCUAUGUUUACUCCUCGGAUAACAGAGUUAUUGGGGUGAAAAAAACAAUGGUUUUCUAUAAAGGAAAAGCUCCUACAGGAAGGAAAACCAAGUGGAAGAUGAACGAGUAUAGAGCCAUUGAGGAAGUAAACAGCUCAAACAACAUCACUACUCCAACGUUGAGACAUGAAUUUAGCUUGUGCCGAGUGUACAUUAUAUCUGGGAGUUUUCGAGCAUUUGACCGACGCCCAACAGAAUUAACAAGAGUCAUACGAGAACAACAAAGGGAUGAAGCAGGACCAUCUAAUCAGAAUGCUGCAAUGAUCGAAAGAGCUCAAAGUUCGUCUGCAACCUCAAGCUCAGGAGAACUUGUAGAUAACCCAAUGGCUGGAGGGAGUAGUACUGAUUGGGAAAUGAAUCAGCAGCCUCUUUGGGAUUUAUGGGAACAAUUUAACUGGCCCUAAAUGAAGCCAUAUACCCCAACAGCCACAGCAAUGUCUGCUCAAAGUUUUUAACAUAACAAAUCAAACUUAGAUAUAGUACCAGAUUUAUUCUUUCUUUGUUAUUAUUGAAUGUAAAGAUAGUAAUUUUUUUCGUGGGGGGGUUAAGGCAAGAACUGAAGAGAGCAGAGAGCAGCAUAGGUGUUAGGAAGAGAGACCGAGUCUAUGGUUGUAGUACGUAAAUGUCAGCAUUGACACCUACCAGCUUUUGAGUAUCACUACUGACGAAAUUUCACUUUAUUGAGUUUCAACAUGAUGUCGCAUGUUUAUGAAAUAAUACGGAAUCUGUAUAAAGAAAGGUCUACACUUUUGGGCUACAAGCAAGUAAAAGUCAAUAUCAACAAUAAACUAAUAAUUCAGCAAAAAAAAAAAAAAAACUAAUCAAAGUUAAAACUGAAAAAAUACAUAAUAA